AACAAAGAAGUAACAACCAUCCAAAUAGAUGGUUUUUAGUUCAGGUGAGAAACUAGUUACAGUAUGUAAUUAGAAGCUUCUGACUUUCCAAACAGAGCGCAAACUUCAUCACGUUCUCCUUGAUCUUGUCGCGAUCGGUCCAAUUCAAUUCUUUGGUAAUGAAUAGACCUAGGUGACACUAACUGCUGCCAUAACUUCAAAGUCAGCCAUCUAUUACCUGAAAAAGUGCAUAUAGGUCAACAAUGAAGCGUUUUGUUUAUAUUGAUGACGAUGAUUUGUCAAACAAUAUUUACUGUGACAACCGGAUCUCAAACAGAAAAUAUACUGUAUGGAAUUUUCUUCCGAAGAACUUGUGGGAACAAUUCAGCCGUUUUAUGAACCAGUAUUUUUUGUUGAUUGCUUGCCUUCAACUAUGGUCACUCAUCACUCCAGUAAAUCCUGCUAGUACAUGGGGCCCUCUCAUCUUUAUAUUUGCGGUCUCAGCAACAAAGGAGGCAUGGGAUGACUACAAUCGAUAUCUUUCAGACAAGAAAGCUAAUGAGAAAGAAGUUUGGGUUGUGCGGAAGGGCAUCAGAAAACAUGUUCAAGCCCAAGACGUUUGUGUUGGUAACAUUGUAUGGCUUCGUGAGAAUGAUGAAGUACCCUGUGAUCUGGUCUUGAUUGGCACCUCUGAUCCACAAGGUCUUUGUUACGUGGAGACAGCUGCCCUUGAUGGUGAAACUGAUCUUAAGACAAGGGUGGUUGCCUCUGCUUGUAUGGGAAUAGAUUCUGAAUUAUUGCACAAAAUCAAGGGUGUGAUUGAGUGUCCCACUCCAGACAAAGACAUCAGAAGAUUUGACGCAAACAUGAGGCUAUUUCCUCCGUUCUUGGACAAUGAUGUAUGCCCUUUGACCAUUAAAAAUACAAUUCUCCAAUCAUGCUAUUUGAGGAACACAGAAUGGGCAUGUGGUGUUGCUGUUUAUACAGGAAAUGAAACAAAGCUUGGCAUGAGUAGGGGCAUACCAGAACCAAAGCUUACAGCCAUGGAUGCUAUGAUUGACAAGUUGACGGGCGCAAUAUUUGUUUUUCAGAUUGUUGUUGUUAUUGUUCUGGGCAUAGCUGGGAAUGUCUGGAAAGAUACAGAAGCUCGCAAGCUAUGGUAUGUCCAGUAUCCAAAUGAAGGUCCAUGGUACGAGUUACUUGUCAUCCCUCUUCGGUUUGAGCUUCUUUGUUCCAUCAUGAUUCCCAUUUCAAUAAAGGUAUCACUGGAUCUUGUCAAAAGCCUAUAUGCCAAGUUCAUUGAUUGGGACAAUGAGAUGGUUGAUCCAGAAACUGGUACUCCUUCCCAUGCGACAAACACAGCAAUCAGCGAGGAUUUGGGGCAAGUAGAAUACAUAUUGACGGAUAAAACCGGGACACUUACUGAAAACAAGAUGAUCUUUAAAAGAUGUUGUAUUAGUGGAACCUUCUAUGGGAAUGAGAAUGAAGAUGGUUUAAAGGAUCCAGAACUGCUUAAAGCUGUUGCCUCUGGAUCUCCAGAUGCUAUUCGAUUUCUUAUUGUCAUGGCAAUAUGUAAUACAGUGGUUCCUGUACAAAGCAAAGCUGGAGCAAUUUCAUACAAGGCACAAUCUCAAGAUGAGGAAGCGCUUGUGCGUGCUGCAGCUCGCUUAAAUAUGGUUUUUCUUGAAAAGAAAGGGAAUAUUCUUGAUAUCAAUUUUAAUGCUUCGCUGGUCCAGUAUGAAGUAUUGGAUACCUUAGAAUUCACUUCUGAGAGAAAAAGGAUGUCUGUGGUUGUCAGGGACUGUCAAAAUGGAAAUAUCAUACUAUUGUCAAAAGGAGCAGAUGAGGCUAUUCUGCCUCAUGCACACACUGAAUAUGUACCAGGACAACAAACACGGAUCUUUGCUGAAGCUGUGGAACAAUAUGCUCAGCUUGGUCUGCGGACAUUAUGUUUGGCAUGUCGUGAUUUAGAAGAAGAGGAAUAUCAUGAAUGGUCAUUAUUGUUUAAAGAGGCUAAUAGUUCAUUGGUCGACAGAGAGUGGAGAGUAGCUGAGGUCUGCCAAAGGAUAGAGCAUGGCUUUGAGAUUAUUGGAGUUGCAGCAAUUGAAGAUCGUCUACAGGAUGCUGUACCUGAAACGAUUGAGACACUCAGGAAGGCGGGAAUUAACUUUUGGAUGCUGACUGGCGACAAACAGAGUACGGCAAUACAGAUUGCUCGUUCUUGUAAUUUUGUUUCUCCUGAACCUAAAGGUCAGCUUCUGCUGAUUAAUGGGAGGACUGAAGAUGAAGUAGGUCAAAGUCUGGAGAGAGUUCUUCUUACAAUGAGAAUAACAAAUGCAGAACCCAAGGAUGUUGCUUUUGUUGUGGAUGGUUGGGCUCUUGAAAUUGUACUUAAGCAUUAUCGGAAGGCAUUCACAGAACUUGCUAUAUUGUCGAGAACAGCUAUAUGUUGUCGUGUUACUCCAUCCCAAAAGGCACAGCUGGUAGAACUCUUAAAAUCGUGUGAUUAUCGGACACUGGCAAUAGGGGAUGGCGGAAAUGACGUGAGGAUGAUCCAACAAGCUGACAUUGGAGUUGGCAUAAGUGGGAGAGAAGGACUGCAGGCAGCAAGAGCAGCUGAUUAUAGUAUUGGAAAAUUUAGGUUCUUGAAAAGACUGAUACUUGUCCAUGGACGUUACUCUUAUAAUAGGACAGCAUUUCUAUCCCAAUAUUCCUUCUACAAAUCCCUCCUAAUAUGCUUCAUCCAGAUUUUCUUCUCAUUCAUUUCAGGUGUUUCUGGAACAAGCCUUUUUAAUUCUGUCAGUUUGAUGGCUUAUAAUGUUUUCUACACAAGUGUUCCUGUUCUAGUCAGUGUCCUUGACAAAGAUCUCAGUGAAAGAACAGUAAUGCAGCAUCCACAAAUACUGUUCUACUGCCAAGCAGGAAGGCUUCUUAAUCCAAGCACAUUUGCUGGAUGGUUUGGCCGGGCUCUCUUUCAUGCUAUUGUUGUCUUUGUCAUCACCAUUCAUGCAUAUGCUUUUGAGAAAAGUGAGAUGGAAGAAGCAUCCAUGGUGGCACUUUCCGGAUGUAUUUGGUUGCAGGCAUUUGUUGUAGCACUGGAAACAAACUCAUUCACAAUAUUGCAACAUAUUGCCAUAUGGGGAAAUCUUGUUGCUUUCUAUGUUAUCAAUUGGAUUGUCAGUGCCUUCCCAUCCUCCGGCCUCUAUACAAUAAUGUUUCGCUUAUGUAGACAGCCCUCAUACUGGAUUACUAUAUUUAUUAUUGUUGCAGCUGGCAUGGGUCCCGUGCUAGCUUUGAAGUACUUCAGGUAUACCUACAGAUCUAGUAAAAUUAACAUACUUCAGCAAGCUGAACGUAUGGGAGGACCUAUAUUGUCCCUGGGUAACAUAGAACCUCAGUCGAGAUCUUUGGAUAAAGAUGUUUCUCCUUUAUCAAUUUCUCAACCCAAGAACCGUACUUCUGUCUAUGAGCCGCUGCUCUCAGAUUCUCCUAGUGCCGCAAGACGUUCUUUUGGACCAGGGGCUCCGUUUGAUUUCUUUCAGUCCCAAGCUCGGCUGUCUUCAAAUUAUACAAGAAACUGCAAGGACAACUAAUACUGACAUGCAGAAUUAUACAGAUCAGAUGUAGAAAAGAGAAUACACCGAGGACACUAACUGCUGAUCCAUUCUUUUCAACUGAGCAUUUUAUUCUACACUUUUUCAAUGUUGCGCGUGUUACAGUUGCAUCAAACCGCCAAUAUUGAGCUCUGGAGCCACUGCAUUUGGCAGCUUAUACUGUAAAUAUCAGGAUGGGUUACUGUUCGCAAGGUAUGGCGAUGCAACAGUGUGGCACGAUGUUGAUUCUUGUUUAUUGGAGGAAACAGUGAAACAUUUCACAGAUUCCGACGCCCCAUUUACAGGGUGAUAUUAAUUUACAUAAUCUACUCAAUUUGUAUGGAAUCAGAGAGAGAGAUCCGUUACAGAAAUAUACCCAGCAUCAUUUUCACAUUUUUGUUUCUUAAGGGUUGAUGCUAUUGACUGGAUUUGUAUAAUAUUUAAGGACAGCGAUGCGCUGGAAGCCUUGACUUUAGAAAACAAAGUUCCUGUUUAUCAAUGGCAGUGAUGUUCUUAAGUCAGAUUGGCAAUGGUAAUGCUGGCACAGAGAUCUUUCGCAUUUGUUGAAAUGUUUUAUCUUUGCAUUGAUAUUCCGUGGGACCUGUGGGUGAUCUUUCUGACAUUACUAUAAUAGAGAUGGAAAGUUAAUAUAGACGCAAGAACAAGAAAUGUUGGAUGUUGUAUUUGUUAUUGCUACAAUUUUUCUAGAAUAAGUAGUAAUUAUGGAAUACUCAAAUCUUUUUAGUUGCAGUGGAGCUCAAUAUUUAGGUGGAGUCGUCUAUUACUUUGUUUAUGCGGUUAUCCAAAGCUUUAUGAUAAUUGAAAUUGAUGAGA